CCAUUAUAUUUUAUCAUAACAAAAACCGAAUUAUUACUAUUAUUCUUUAAAAAAUAGAGUGUGUGUGAGUUGGAAUUGCAGUACGAGCUGAUACAAUCCUUACCGUACCCUUCCCCUCCCUCCCUCCCUACCCAAUCCAAUCCAAUCCAAUCCAAUUCAACCCAAUUCAAUUGAGCCAAAAUUGUUGCGGUGCCGGUAGCUGUGAAACAAACCUUAGCAGUGCGAGCAGAAUUCGAAAUGAUGAAAAGAGGAGAAAAAAUGCACAAAAUCGGUAUGGUACCUUCCAUUCGCUCCCGAUCAGACAGAUACAAUUAUGAUACGAUACGAUGCGAUACUUAUGAUAUAACAGAUCCCGGCCGACAGCUACUUUUCUCAUCUUCCUCUCAUCUCCUCUCAUCUCCGGGAGCAAUCACUCAUGCGGUAAAGUACAGUGCUGGCUGUCGCUGUAGCGGCGCUCUGUGUGUAAUGCCUCACAUCGCAACCCGGAAUUUUGACCCAAAAUUCUUAUCGACCAAUCAAUCCAUCCAUCGAAUCUUCUCGCUUUGCAAGCAUACCAUACCGAAUCCAUUCAGGUGCCGAUAUCAUCGUCGCCCCGAAUAUCAUUGCGAUACCCACUCGCUUUGAUUAUUCCCUUCAAUUGCUCCCAUCGCUGCUGAACUCGAGCAUGAUAAGGUGGAGUACGAUACUUUUAACCUUCCACAAGACAGACGGAACAUACACCAGCAUACGGUACGCAUACACGCCAAGUCCCGUGACGACCCACCAACCCGGCCCACACAGCGCGUCUCCCCUAGCCUCAGCACCACUGCCACCACCAGCACCCCCCACCCAGGCCAGAAAAAAAAAGAGAUUAUGGCCCCCAAAUUUGAAUCCGCCUUUGCUUUUUUUAUUUUAUUACAUUUUUGUUGGUUAUUUUAUUUUUAUUUAUUUUUUCCUUCCUUCCUUCUAAAUCUCUCGUUUUUGGUUUCAUUUUACUGUAACAUUACAGGUGGAAAUUGUCCCCACUUUCCAUUAUAUCAAUUAUUACUAUCAUAUAGCCAGUGCGUGUUUUAGGUUGGGGGCUUUUUUGUUUUGCAGAGGACGGGGAUACUUUGUUUCCCACGUAUUACACGUGUACGGUACGAGUACUCGAGUACUCGUACAGUACAGCACAGUACUCGCUCAAGUUACUGUGCCGUUUUUGUCAUCCGGAAAUCGUAUGAUAUCCCUUCCUCCUUUCUUUCCUUCCUUCCUUGCCGUUCACAAAUUCUCACCCGCUCGGUUACAGUUUUGUUUCUGUUUCUCCCUUGCAGCAUAUUCCCUGGCUAUGAUGGUAGUUGUCGCACUUACCGACAUUUCACAACCGCCCGCCCUGCCUUUCAGAACGGUUGAAUCGAGAGGGUAAUAAAAAUGAAAAAAAAAAAACUACCGAUCGCUGUUGCCCAUCCUGACCACUGGGACACAAACAUGAACCAUCCCAUCUUUUUCCACACUUUCCCUCCUACUGCGAUUAUCCUUGGAGGGCACACCAGUGCUACCCGGCGGGAGGUCCGACCCGGGGUUCCGGGGAGAAAGACUUUGCUAGGCUUAGGGCCAUGAGACGCUUAGU